ACAAACUCCGGGAAACUGAAUUAAAACAAGAGACUGAGGCUUGCAGUAAAAGGAGGAGAAGAAGAAGAAGUAAGUGAUUAACCUUCUUGUUCACAAGCCAUCUCAAGAGAUGGGUUUGCAAUUGCGCUGCAAUGGGGGAGUCACGAUGUUACCCGGCUCGGGUUUGGAGGUAUCACGGGGCGGUAGUAAUAGACGGAGUCAAAGGAUGGGAGGAAGACAACCUCAUCUGGCGGGGCUCGUUAUGGCCGUCAACGGAGGCGAUGGUGGCGGCGUCGAAGGUAGCAAGAAGAAAGCGGUGCCGAAUUCGAACUAUGUGGUGCCGAUGGACAAGUCCUUUUCGUCUUCCUAUGCGACCUGCAUCACUCGACCUCUGGUUGAGAUCCUCCGAGACCUGAACAAGAGGAUCCCCGAAAACAUCGUUAAACCUCCUCCUUCUCAUUAUCCUUCCUCCUCCACCUUCUCUGUCCCCUGGUACCAUGCCAAUCGGAUGUUGAGCUUCUACGCCCCUGGGUGGUGUGGAGAAAUACGUGAUGUUGUGUUCUCUGACAAUGGAAGUGUGACUGUGGUCUACCGUGUCACUUUACGGGGAUCUGAUGGAGAGGCACAUCGGGAGUCAACUGGGACAGUAUCAUCCAGUGAGCCCAACAUUGCGGAUCCAGUUGCUGCAGCUGAAGAAAUAGCUUUCUGCAAAGCAUGUGCUCGCUUCGGUCUUGGCUUGUAUCUGUAUCAUGAAGAAUAGAUGCCAUUAAGUGGCGAGGAGUUGGAAUGUAGUUCUUUGUUGCUUUAGUUGAGAAACCAGGAAGUACCAACAUCUGCACUUCAAGUGGAUGUAAAUAUCUUAGAUUAGUUCAGAUAAACUCAAGUUUGGAAUGCGGGAAACUAUCGCAGAAAAAUUAUUAUGUGAAACUGUGUUAUUACUCUGAAAUCAAAGUUGUGAGCACAAAAGAAAUAGAAGUUUGAAUUGAUGCAAACGAUUUAUCUCUUUUCUU